AUGAAGGAAAUGUUAGAUCAACAAUGCAGCGAUCAUAAGAUUGGAACAACCUGUUGCCAAAAACUUCCCGUACAAGAAUCACUUAUUGAGUGCUUGAACAGUUUGUCAAAAUCUAAGACAAGCUAUAUACUCAUUACCAAGGAUGGUUCAGAGCACCCAGUAAACUUUCUGGUCUCCUCAGGUUUUACGGAAUCACAACUACAACAGAUUAAAUCAAUCAUUGAGAAUCCAAGCGACUGCCUCAAAAGUUCAAACCUAUGUCAAAUAAAACCGGCUUUGAAGAUUGUAUAUCCUUUAGAACUUUCACGUAAGACAACUGAGCACUUAAUGAGUCAUUAUGCAGAUUUGUUAACUUCACUCAGCCAGGCAAUUUGCAAAGAGGUUGCAAAGCAAUGGAUUAAGGUCGCAGAACCUAACAAGCAAGCUUUAUAUCCCUACAAAUACUACAACGAAUCCAAGCCACCAUGGUGGCCCUCAACAGUUAACCACAUUGAACCUGAUCAUUUGGAUAAAUCUGGCCGCAUAAAGGUACUCAUUAACAUAUUAAGAAGUCCUGAGUUUGAUUUACUGUCAUUGAGAGCUAGAACCAGCGUCCUUAACUUUAAAAAUUUAGUGGCUUACAACAUAUUAGAUGAGCUUUACUACCUUUCAGCAUAUGAUAGAUUAUUCUUUGAUCAACUUAGGGAAGAAAAUCCUUUGUAUUCAAAUUUGUCUUCCGAGGCAAAAGAGAGCUUCAGCUCACAUUCAAUAAAAAUCAUGGUUAGCGACGUUAGGGCAUGCAGAAUAUCACAAAAGAAAUCAGGUGUUGUAAUGAUUAGUCAAAUUAAACCAGAGCUAAUAAGCAGCAAGGUCUAUGAGGUAAAUCAAGAUACCACACUAUUCAAAAACUUGAAUACCACAAGCCAAAGUAAUAUUAAUCAUUCAGUUUUCUUGAGGGAAUUUCAAGGAGACGAAAAUCUUUUUACAGAAGAUACUACUCACUUAUCAUUAUCCAAGUCUAGGGAACAGCUCUUACUAGAGCCUUCGGUGUCAUCAUCCCUAUUUGAAAGUUUACCGCCAAAAAAUGUUUCAUCGGAAAAUGGCAUGAAUGAUUCUCCUAGGAAGAGGAAAAAUGCUCGUACAAGCUUAAUUGAAAAGGCAGAGAAAAAACCAAAAACUGGACAUAGUAUACAUAAGUUGGCCGACGAAAUAACCACAAGUACACAAGAUCCUAAUUAUGGGUAUUAUGGUGACUCAAAAAGAAACCUUUCAAUUAAAGAAAGCAAAACCACAGUAGGUGUUUCAAGUAAUCACUUCACUUACAUGUCAGAUGCAAGCACCGAAUCAAGCGAAGAGUGCAACACGUCACUCUCUUCGAACUUUGAUGAAAGUGACUUUUUCAACUUUGGUGACGCUGAUCAUGGCCUAGAGCUUCAAUCAGAGAUAUUUUCUUGCUCUUCCCAAUCCUCGGAUCAAUAA